UCUUUCAUUUCUUUCGGCUUCGUAUUUCCUCGUUCAGUAGCGCUGAAGCUUUCUCACUCUAAGAAAUUUCUCUCUCUAGAAUCUAGGGCUGAAGUCUCUGUACUCUACCAUCGGCAACCAUGAAUAUCUUCAGACUCGCCGGCGACAUGACGCAUUUGAUCAGCAUUCUCGUCCUCCUACUCAAAAUUUACGCCACCAAAUCAUGCUCAGGAAUUUCUCUGAAGACCCAAGAGUUGUACACAAUUGUGUUUUUGGCACGAUAUCUGGAUUUGUUCACUGAAUUUAUAUCUGUCUAUAACACCAUUAUGAAGAUAGUGUUUAUUGUGAGCACUUUGGCAAUUGUAUGGUGCAUGAGGUUUCACAGAACUGUUAAGCGGUCAUAUGACCAAGAGCUAGACACUUUCCGUCACUGGAUUCUUAUCGCUGCUAGUUUUGUGUUGGCUCUUUUGAUUCAUGAGAAGUUCACUUUCCUGGAGGUAUUUUGGAGUUUUUCAAUAUACCUGGAGGCAGUUGCAAUUCUUCCACAGUUGGUUCUGUUGCAAAGAAGUGGAAAUGUGGACAAUCUAACUGGACAAUAUGUUUUCUUUCUUGGGGCUUAUCGAUCAUUCUACAUCUUGAAUUGGAUUUACCGUUAUUUCACAGAGCCCCAUUUCAGCAGAUGGAUAUCUUGCAUCUCUGGACUUGUCCAAACCGCUCUAUAUGCAGAUUUUUUCUACUACUACUUUAUAAGUUGGAAAAACAAUGCGAAGCUUCAAUUGCCUGCCUGAAACAAUUAUGAUAUAGUGAUAAUUUGACACUAUGCGAUUCUGCUGUUGCUGGGCACAUAUAUAUGAACCAUUAAGGCCUUUUUUGAGAGCAUACAAAUUUAUAUUUGCGAAGAGAACUGGCGAUGCAAAUAGAGUUUGGGUGAGAAGACCUGUGUUGAUAUGAUGGAAACAUUUAGUUUUUGGAGGUUUAGUAGUGCAAAGAUUUAGGUAAUUCCAGUAGUCUUAUUGCGGAUUAGAGAUUGCACCUUUACCUUUGUACAUAUUUAACGCCAUAGUAACUGAGAACAGAGCUGCUUUUGAAUUCAUCUUGGCUUUGUGCUUGGUGGCUUUCUCCACUUUCAAACAGUGCUAUCAUAGGAUUUUUAGCUUUACUAUUGGUGGGUAGAAGAAAAACAAAAAUGUUUGAUUUUGUAAGUGGUUUGCAUUUCAGAUUAUUAUUUGUUACGUACCUUAGUGUGAGGUAACAGAAGAGUUAAUAAGCAACCUGCAAAUGCUGCUCCUAAUUCCAA